AUGACUCUCCGUCUCUCCACGCUCUCCCCGCAUCUUCUGUCUGUUCCACUUGUGCAAAACUUGCGGAACAUAAAUGUCAGGACCGCAACGGACCUAAUCUUCUCGUCUCCUGCAGAAAUCAUCAGUCGUCUCCCACCUGGAACCAUAUCACUUCUGGACCUUCGGCUAUGCAUUGAGCGUGUCACGGAGCAGUUUGCGGUGGGAAGUGUCAAUGCUCAGGAUAUCCACGAGGCUAUCAUGUUGGAGGAUGGCCAUCGAGAUGACAUGGAGGUGAGGAGUGGAGUGGAAGCUCUUGAUGCGUUACUUGGGGGAGGGUUUGGAGGGUACGGAAGUGCGGAGGGAGACUCAAGUUCGCUCGCAGGCGUAGCAGGUGGAGGGAGAGUCAUUGAGAUAUCGGGUGACGGCGGGGCUGGAAAGACAACACUUGCGUUACAUCUUGUCUUCCGUCACUUGACUCAGCAUGAGCGGACAUCAGCACUCUUCAUCGACACAGUUGGAGAUCUCUCUCCUGAACGAGUCGUAUCUCUUGCUGGUCAAGCAGAUUGCAUGGAACCCGGCACUAAAACGGUACUUGAAAGAUUGCAGAUCACUAUCGCAUUUGACCUCGAUGCCGCGUACAAUGUACUUGAGAAUCUGCGUGCAGUGACAACUGCUGACCCAAGUGCGACGCCACGAUGUCGAAUAGUAAUCAUUGACACUAUCACCUCCUUGCUCGGUCCUCAACUUAGUGCUGUUUCUUCCCAAGGUCACGCGGCCAUGACGGAUUUCAUGCGGUUCCUACGCUCACUUGCACAGUCGUACGGACUGUGUAUCUUGGUUCUCAACUCAGCAACUUCCGCCCACGGUCCCAACCCAUCGUCCUCCUUUUCCUCAACUACCAAAAAGCCCGCACUCGGGCCUUCUUUCGUCUUCAUGACAGACGCCACACUUUGGCUCUCGAACCUUCCCCCGGAACUCGCCUCCGACGAGAAAGGCACUCAAAAUACGACCUCUCAGACACCACUAGACACAAAUGUAAAUGAGGGGGACAACAGAGAUCUUGGAGAGCUUAGGGUGGCGGAGGUGUUCAGGUCGCACGUAUCGCCGUCUAAGACCUGGUGCACUUUUAGGAUAAAAGAUGGUGUCAUUCUUGCUGCCUAA